AAAAAAAAAAAAAUACAAUUCGUAUGAAGAAGAACAAUAGCUCCCCAGAUAUUAUCCACUCUAGAGUGAGAAAGUUCUAGUGAUUUGUGACUGUAAUUUCUACCUACUUAUUUAAUUCCUGCAGCUGGAGAGAGAGUAUGAGAAGAUAAAUAAGUAAAUUAAAACAUCCAGUGAAGAAAUUUUCCGGUGAGAAUGGCAAUCGGCGCCGUCCUUUCGCACCGGAAUUUCGGCUCUUUCGUCGGUUCUGGACGUUCAUGCCAUGGAGAAGCAGCUAGAGCUCGUCAAAGAAGUGAGCACUUGAGUGUUGCUGCUGUACAGUGUGCGUAUGAGAAAAGGAUUGACAGCAAGCUAUAUCUUCACCAUGGAAGGCAUCAAUCAAAAAGAGAAUUUCACCUGUCAGAUUCAGCAUCUCGUGUUAAAGUAGAUCCACCUCUCUCAAUGUCCCACCGACUGAGAAAAAAAAUUAAAGGCAUCAAUACGAGGAGAAUGAUUAGAGGAUGCUGCCUUUCGUCGGCUUACUCUGAGGGAAAUUGGGUUCAACCAGGGAAGUUGGAUAAUUAUGGCUUUAUUGAUGGCCAAAAACUUGCGUCAAAGCAUUCAACAGUGAUGAGGACCAGGGCCGACUUCAAAUCUCAAGAGAACGAGGGGACAAGUGAAGAUGUUUUAAUUGAAGGAGUCGAGCCAGCAAAACCGUGGUGGCAGAAGUUUCCAAAGCGCUGGCUGAUGGUCCUCCUUUGUUUUGCUGCGUUUCUGUUGUGCAACAUGGAUCGUGUAAACAUGAGCAUAGCAAUACUCCCGAUGUCAAAGGAAUUCAACUGGGACAGUGCGACAGUUGGUCUGAUUCAGUCCUCUUUCUUCUGGGGUUAUCUGCUUACACAGAUUGUUGGCGGCAUAUGGGCUGAUAAAGUAGGCGGGAAGCUAGUACUUGGUUUUGGAGUAGUUUGGUGGUCUAUCGCAACAAUUUUGACACCUAUUGCUGCUAAACUUGGGCUUCCUUUCUUACUUGUUAUGCGUGCCUUCAUGGGAAUUGGCGAGGGUGUUGCUAUGCCUGCUAUGAAUAAUCUGUUAUCAAAAUGGAUUCCUGUCUCGGAGAGAAGCAGAUCUCUUGCGCUAGUGUACAGCGGAAUGUAUCUUGGUUCAGUUACCGGUUUGGCUUUCUCACCGAUAUUGAUUCACAAGUUCGGUUGGCCAUCUGUCUUCUAUUCUUUUGGAUCCCUUGGAAGUAUUUGGUUUGCAAUUUGGUUGAGCAAAGCACACAGCUCACCAAAAGACGACCCAAAUUUGAAUCUGGAGGAAAAGGAACUGAUUUUGGGAGGAAGCGUAUCGAAGGAACCUGUCACCGAGAUUCCAUGGAAGAAAAUUCUGUCAAAGGCCCCCGUUUGGGCUCUAAUCAUUUCCCAUUUCUGCCAUAAUUGGGGAACAUUUAUUCUUUUGACAUGGAUGCCUACUUACUAUAACCAGGUUUUGAAGUUCAAUCUCACUGAAUCUGGACUACUGUGUGUGCUUCCAUGGCUGACUAUGGCGGUGUUUGCCAAUAUAGGUGGUUGGAUUGCUGAUACACUCAUCAGCAAAGGUCUUUCCAUCACGACCGUUCGUAAGAUAAUGCAGUCGAUCGGAUUUUUAGGCCCAGCUUUCUUCCUAUCGCAACUGAGCAAAGUGAAAACCCCUGCUCUAGCUGUGCUAUGCAUGUCGUGCAGUCAGGGAUUGGAUGCAUUUUCACAGUCUGGACUAUACUCCAAUCACCAAGAUAUCGGCCCACGUUACGCUGGAGUUUUGUUAGGUCUAUCUAAUACUGCCGGUGUACUUGCUGGUGUCUUUGGAACUGCUGCUACUGGAUACAUACUCCAAAAGGGUUCGUGGGAUGAUGUAUUCAAAGUGGCCGUUGUACUGUACAUCAUCGGAACCUUAGUGUGGAACCUAUUUGCCACCGGGGAGAAAAUUCUGGACUAAGUUAUCGAGAAUAAAUCGAAAGAUUUGCUCGAUUACCAUGAAAAGAAUGGGGUCGAAUCGCGGCCGGAGUGUAGGAUCUACAUUAAAUGAAAGGGCCUCGGGUUUGAUGUGGAAUCUCUUUAGAUGAUUUUUGCCAUUUUGUCUCAUCUUUGUUGCAGUUUAGAAAUUAUUAAUUAUAUUUUGUAAGAAGUUAAGUUUAAUAACUCCCUUCACUUCGAGGUAUCUAUCUAUGUUCAA